AUGAUUUACAAAGCCUUCAUUCCUCUCCUAGCCUUCGCGCUAGCGCCCGUCGCGUACUCUCGUUCCGCUCAUAACGACUCUCCGAUCACACGCGACAUUCUAGCUGCUUGCGGUGCGUCUAUCCAACCAUGCCAGUGCCCUCCGGGAACCUCUUACGCAGCGGUUGCUUCAUAUGGAUUCUUCCUUGCCAGUGUUGAUGACGUUUCUGGUAUUGCUGCGUCGUCCUUUGGUGACUUAGCCUUCCUCGGGUUGAAUGUUACCAACACGACAGGCAAAGGAUUCGACCUUGGGUCUUCGCGUACCUUCGCAGUUGAUUGGGAAUCGGCACUUGAUCCAAUUGUCAUCAAGGAAGUUUUGACCACCUUUGAGCUGUAUGAUAAUGAGGAAGGCCUAAGAAUGACAUGGGAAAUGGGAAAUGCACCAUUUUACUAUAAGAGAUUGAACGGCGAAGGAGGAGUUCUGGCUGGCUUCUGGAGCUUUGAGGAGCUGCGACAAGUUGGUGAUCAUUCGUUUCUUAUGUCGUCGACGUGGUCCUGCUUUGGCGAUUCUUUUAGCUUUAGAAACCUCCAUCAAUUCAUGUUCGACAACAUUGCCCGAAUAUUGAAAGAGCAGGGGAAAUCAGAUGGGACAGUUAUCGGUCUUACCCAUACUGGCUAG